AUGUCGAUGGAUUUGGAUCCUGGUGUUCCCAUCGCAGGUUUUCAUGCGCAGCAACAACCGGAAGCAACGAUUCUUUGCUGCAACUGUGGCUGCCCGAUUGACGGUACCUCAGCAGCUGGUGCACUGUGCCAUGAUUGUAUAAAGCUUACCGUCGAUAUCAGCCAAGAUAUUCAACGUGAAUCGGCUCUCCAUUUCUGCCGUGACUGCGAGCGAUGGCUUCAGCCACCAAACACCUGGGUCAGCGCGGCCCUCGAAUCGCGAGAGUUGCUUGCCUUAUGUCUCCGGAAACUUCGAGGCUUGUCCAGAGUUCGUAUCAUCGAUGCUAGUUUUAUUUGGACAGAACCACAUUCGCGCCGUGUGAAGGUCAAAAUUACAAUUCAACAAGAGGCGUUUCAGGGUACCAUUCUUCAACAAACAUUUGAAGUCGAAUAUGUUGUAUCUACACAGCAGUGCCCUGACUGUGCCAAAUCGUUUACCCAUCAUUCUUGGCGAGCUUGUGUUCAAGUGCGUCAGAAGGUCCCACACAAGAGAAGCUUCCUCUAUCUGGAGCAGUUAAUGCUUAAACACAACGCGCAUCGAGACACAAUCAACAUCAAAGAAGCAAAAGACGGUCUGGACUUUUUCUUCUCGCAGAGGAAUCAUGCAGAGAAAUUGGUGGAUUUUCUUUCCUCCGUGGCCCCCGUCCGAGUCAAGAAAUCCCAGGAACUUAUAUCUAUGGACAUUCACACAUCAACACGAGCAUAUAAGAUAACGUAUGCCGCGGAGUUGAUACCUAUCUGCAAAGAUGACCUUGUCGCUCUACCACUGAAAUUGGCGAGAUCAUUAGGAAAUAUUCACCCGUUGACGAUAUGCUUCCGAGUCGGCACCUCAAUCAGUCUUCUUGACCCCACCACCCUGCAGACAGCGGAUGUUCCGUCGGCCGUGUAUUGGAGACAGCCUUUCAAAAAUUUAGCCGACGUGCAAGAACUGGUGGAAUUCGUGGUCAUGGAUAUUGAGCCCGUGGGCGAAUCCAAGGGACGCUUUUUCUUGGCCGAAAUAACAGUGGCGCGUGCGUCGGAGAUGGGAGUAAACGACAACACUUAUUUUACAAGGACACACUUGGGAGGUGUACUCCACGUCGGUGAUUCGGUCCUUGGUUAUCACUUAACUGGUACAAAUUUCAAUGACCCCAACUUCGAUGCUAUACAGGAGAGCAACCAAUACGGGUCCACAAUACCAGACGUUGUGCUAGUCAGGAAAUACUACGCUCGCAAGAAGAAGCCCAAGUCGCGUAACUGGAAACUCAGACGCAUGGCUCUGGAGGAAGAGGAGCCUGCGCGCAAACAAGACGCGGAUCGCUUGGAGGCCGACUUCGAGAUGUUUUUGCGUGACAUUGAAGAAGAUCAAGAGCUUCGAAGCACGUUGUCACUCUAUAAAGCCAAGAACGAAAAACGCCAGGCUGAUAAGAUGGACGUCGUUGAGGAGGAUCAAAUGGAAGAGGACAGCAGUGAAGACGAGGCGCCCAAGAUCAAUAUGGAUGAACUACUGGAUGAAUUUGAUGAAUUGAACAUGGAAGAUGCGGAAUGA